AUAUAUGAUGAGCGCGAGCCUUCAGCCGGGAAGCCGCCCAUGCGCUGACGUCACGAGGCUCUGACAAGCUGGUGGUGCCGGAAGAAAAGAUGGCGGAUCAUGAGGAGCAGCUAUCCGACGAGGAGAAGGUACGCAUAGCAGCUAACUUUGUCAUCCAUGCUCCGCCAGGAGAGUUUAACGAAGUUUUCAACGAUGUGCGAUUGCUGCUCAACAAUGACAAUCUUCUCAGGGAGGGUGCAGCACAUGCUUUUGCACAGUACAACUUGGACCAGUUUACACCGGUGAAAGUUGAGGGCUAUGAAGAUCAGGUCUUAAUCACAGAGCAUGGUGACCUCGGAAACGGCCGGGUUCUUGACCCAAAGAAUAAGAUCUCCUUCAAGUUUGACCACCUGAGGAAGGAGGCCAGCGACCCUCGUCCGCAUGACGUUGACGGCUCCAUGGAAGGCUGGAGGAGCGCUGUGGACUCCGCCGUCAGGGCCUACGUCAAGGAGCACUAUCCCAACGGAGUGUGCACCAUUUAUGGGAAAACCAUCGACGGUCAUAAAACCAUCAUCGUGUGCAUCGAGUGCCAUCAGUUUCAACCCAAAAAUUUCUGGAAUGGACGCUGGAGGUCAGAGUGGAAAUUCACCAUCUCUCCCUCAACCACUCAAGUGGCAGGAAUCAUGAAAAUCCAGGUUCAUUACUAUGAGGAUGGGAACGUUCAGCUGGUGAGCCACAAGGAGGUUCAGGAGUCCAUGUCGGUUUCUAAUGAGGCUUCAACUGCUCAGGAGUUUGUUAAGAUCAUAAAAGCUGCAGAGAGUGACUAUCAGACGGCCAUUAAUGAGAAUUACCAGACCAUGUCGGACACUACCUUCAAAGCCUUACGCCGCCAACUUCCUGUGACACGCACCAAGAUCGAUUGGAACAAGAUCCUGAGCUACAAGAUUGGCAAGGAGAUGCAAAAUGCUUAAGAAAAAGAAAACAAAAAAACAUCAGAGGAAUUAAGACAGAUCCCCUCCCUGACCCCUCACCCCCUCCCAAACAAUGUUGCAUGACUGGAUAGUUGUAUUGUCUUUGUACAAGAAUUAGAGAAUACAGGAGCAAAGAAGGGUUUGGCCUCACAGGUCGUUACACGGCUACCUUUCUUUUCUGCACCGUGAGCUCCUCUGUUGAUUGGAUCAAUGGUUUAAAAAAACAAAACGAAAAGUAGAGGAAACAUUGGAAGACAUAGGAAAAAGAGCAAAACCCACCUUAUAGUUCGUUACCACUCGUGCAAUAUUUGUGAGUGAGGCCACACCUUUAUUUUGACCUUAUGAGCAGCAGAUUGAUUUUGCAGAUGUGGUUUAAAAAAAAAAGUCAUUUUUUGGGAGAAUGUUUUUUUGUUUAUUAUAAAAGAGUCCAGAUAUUUACGACUAAAACGAAUGAGUCCCUUCACUCCACUGUUAAUGCUCCAUGCAGUCAAUGACAUCGAACCAAUAAAAGCUUUUGUGUUUAUCUGUAGCACAGUCAACUUUAACAGUGUUCUUGUCCCCCCCCCUCCUCAUUCUGGUACUUUCCUCACCGUCUCAACUCUUCAGUCCUAGCCUUUUUUUUUUUUUUUUUGACUUGAAAUUGUCUGAACUCUCACUCAGCGCAGGGAGUUCGGACCACUUAAAAAAAAGCUUCAUUAACAAGACAUGAGUCGCUAAAUAAUGUGCAUAAUGUCCAAUUUACAAUAAAAUCGAAAAAAAAAAAGCAUCACUUUCUCCUCCAGUGCUUAUUUUUUAUUAAAAAAGAAAACAACCUGACUGUAUUAUAUAACAAGGCACACUGUAAUAUAUUCCUGUAUGAAACGGCCUGUCUGUCAGUUUGGUGAUUUAUUUCCAUGAGAUUAACUGUAAUUCAGUCACAAUUAUGUUGCAUUAAAUGACAAAUUUUCUAUUCA